CCCAACUCCGGUCUCCUUUCAGAAACAAAUAACAUACGCUUGCCUGCCUCCUGGAUUCAGCUGGAUCACUGAGACAGUAUCAGCAGCAGAGGAAGGCGGAUAGGCGGCAGCAGGAGCAAGCAUGAGCACCAUGAAGUUCUGCCGUGAAUGCAACAACAUUCUGUAUCCCAAGGAGGAUAGGGAGAACAAGGUGCUUCUCUAUGCCUGCAGGAACUGUGACCAUCAGGAGGUGUCCGACAGCAACUGCGUGUACCGGAACGUGGUGGACCACGCCGCCGGCGAGUUCACGCAGGUGCUCUUCGAGGACGUCGCCUCCGACCCAACCCUACCCCGCACCAAGUCCGUCCGCUGCGCGGCCUGCGGCCACGGCGAGGCCGUCUUCUUCCAGGCGACGGCGAGGGGCGAGGAAGGCAUGACGCUCUUCUUCGUCUGCUGCAACCCCAGCUGCGGCCACCGAUGGAGAGACUGAAACGAAACGAUGAUGCAAGUGCAAGGCUUCAGCUGGCUGCUGCAAGAGAACAGAAAAAUGUUUGUCUGCUUCGCCGAUACAUUGUUAACUUGCAGCAAGAGAUUCUUGGUUCUUGCGUUGUUGAUCGAACUGGUAAUGAGCUAAUUCAUGGUCAGAGUAGGCGAGAGUAGGCGAGUAGGAAAUUUGUUCAGUUGCAGAGUAGCUGCUGCAGCGCUACGUGCACCUGCGCGUAUCUUUUCUUUUUCACUUUUCCUUCUUUUCCCUUUUAAUUAUAUAUAUAUAGACACACAUGCAUGCAUAAGUUUCUUACC